AUGGAAUUUUAGUGUUGCUAAUGCUAGACAGAAUUCAAUUCGGCAAAUAAUUCUCCAUAUGUCUUGCCAAGCUGUGGUCAUUCAGUUUGCUAUAAAUGUGUUGAAUAAUAUAUAUGUGGUGGUCAAUAAUUAAAAUGCAAAGAGGAUGGAAUUGAAUGUAAUGUUCAUAGAGAUCAAAAAUGCUUCCCCUAAAAUUAAAGUAUUCUCACCAUGCUUAAAAAGCGUUAAUCGUCAGCAAAGACUUUAGCAACAUAUCAAACUCCUGAUGAUGAACAUUCUUAAAAUUCUACUAAAGAAAUGGCAGAGCAUUUUUCUGAAAAAUCUACCUCAUAAUUCACACCUACAGAAGCUCCCCCAAAGACAUCAAUAUGCUAAUUGCAUUAGAAAGAAUUGGAACUUAUAUGUCAGGAAGAUGGUUAAUGCAUUUGUGUUAAUUGUGCUUUAUUUGGUCCUCAUAAAUUCCAUAAUUAUCUACCUAUCGACUAGUUCUUGAAAUAAAUAGAACUGACUGUCAAUGAGAUAUCCUGUUUAUAUAAAUAGAUUCAAAAUGAAAGAAAUAAUAAAGAAUAACUUGAAUAAUUGUUAUCAUUAGGGUUUCAUUAACAAUUAUGUUGCAUAAAGUCAAAGAUUGAUUUAUACUUCAGUGAUUUAAACAAAUAAAUAGAUGAGAUCAAGAUGCAGACUCUUUAUAAAAUAAAUUAAGCAUAUGAGAAUUCAUAAGAGAUUAUCCUUAAUAAAAUAGAUGAUGAAUUUUCACUUCUACAAAUUGAAGCAGACUAAUGGCUUAAUCAAGCUAGCUAUCAGUUAAGUCAAUUGGUAGAGGAGUCAUAAUAGUUGAAAUUUAGGAAAUUCGACUAAAUUAUAAUAAACUCUGGGUAAACUAUAUUGAAACAAUUUAACUUAAUCAAAGAAUCGAUUACGACAUCAAUUGAUUCAACUUAGAAAUCUCAUCAGAUUUAAGUUCCUAUAUAAGUAAUCUCAAAUUAUAUUUCCCAAUUAAUGGGACUCAAUACUAAUAAAUAUGAAACUAACAAGUAAGAUACUGUGCUCCUUUUGCCAUCUAAUCUUUCUGAUAAAAGUUAAUCAAAUGAUUAAUCGGAUUUCCUAGUGCCAGAAAGAUAAAUUACCGAAGAAGCAAUUAAAGUCAUAGAAAAAAAACCAUUGAAAAUAGAUGUUGGUAAACUUAAAAGGAAUUCAGGAGUUUUUUCACCAUCUUAAUAUCCUACUUAACCAACAUCACCUGCAUAUGAUGUAGCGAAAUAGAUAAACUUCAAUUCUGUCUAAUCUUAAUUCUCUAAAUAAAAGGAGAGAAGUGCCACUUUGUCAAAUUGUGAACUCCUUGAGACUUCCUAAAUAUUAGUAUAAAAGUAAUCCAAAUUUAGCAAUACUAUCUAAAAUAGCAAUUAAAAAUAGCCUAAAAAAUUUACUAAUAAUUAAAAAAUGAAUGAAAAACUAUCUCAAACACUAACUGUAAUUCAUUAAGACAAAAAUGAAAUAAUAGAUUUAAGUUAAAUAGAUUUUAAUGAUUAAAUUAUUUAGAUUCUAGGAGAAUAUUUAAAAGGAACUCAAAAUAUAAAGGUGUUGAAAUUAAGCAAAUGUUUAAUAGUUGAUGAUUUAUUCCAUAAAUUAAUCCUAAAUUUAGCAGAAUCUAAAAUUCAUACUUUGCAUCUUCAGUAAAAUUUAUUAACAGAAAAAUCACUUGAUCACAUUUUAGUGUUUUUGAAAUAACAUCCUGAAACAUAACUAAGAUUAUAUUAUAUGAACUAAAAUUCUAUAAUAGCAUCUAAAGCGAAGAAAAAAAUGGAUGAACUUAAAAAAUAUGGUGUCCAAAUUUCAUUAUGAUUUUAAUUAGUUUUUUAUAAUAUCGAUAUCCUUUAACAUAUUUAAUUAAA